CACAUUUGUCUGCCCCACUGAGAUCAUCGCCUUCAGCGACAGAGUGGAGGAGUUCCGCGCCAUCGGCUGUGAGGUUGCUGCAUGCUCCACAGACAGUGUCUACUCACAUCUCGCAUGGGUGAACACUCCCCGUAAACAGGGCGGCCUGGGCCCCAUGAAGAUCCCUCUGCUGGCAGACAAAACCUCCGAGAUCAGCAAGAAGUACGGCUGCCUCAAGGAGGACGAGGGUGUCGCUUUCAGAGGUCUGUUCAUCAUCGACGACAAGGGAAACCUGCGUCAAAUCACCAUCAACGAUCUUCCCGUGGGCCGCUCCGUGGAUGAGACCCUGAGACUUGUCCAAGCCUUCCAGUUCACAGACAAGCACGGAGAAGUUUGCCCGGCGGGAUGGAGACCAGGCAAGGAGACGAUGAAGCCCGACCCCAAGGGCAGCCAGGACUACUUCAGCAAGGCCAACUGAUGACUGCCCACGUCCCCACCCCCCCCCUCCUUAGUUUGAAACAUUUCCUCAUCCACUUGUUGCACAUACUUCCCCAUCCAUUUCAUUGUCUCUACUUAGCAUACUGUGGUAACGGCCAGCACAACUCGGAAACAAGGACAGGAGUUAUUUGAUCAAAUCGGCAAUAAGUUUUUGUUUGCAGAUGAUUUUUUUUUCAGCUCUUUUAAAUUUUUGUUUUAAAAUUUUUUGGGGGGGUUUCUUUCUUUAGUUUUUAUUCUUUAUCGGAGCUUUGUUCAUGUUGACAAAUUGACUGAGAGAAUUUUUCUGGUUAAUGUUAUUGUUAUAAUGAGAUGAGUGCCAGUAUAACAUGGUGAUUUUUGGACAGUAUUGCAUUGCAGUCUGUUUUGUUUGGGUUUUUUUGGUUGAAAAGCGUUUGUGACAUUUUUAUUGUUAAUUUUGAUUAGUUUUUUUUUUUGCUCUUGUGAUCUGGUCUCUUGUCAGCUGCUUAUAGAUUAUGAGCAGUGGUAUGUAGUUGUUUGUUUUUUGUUUUGUUUUUUCAAUCAUUUUUUUCUAAUGCUAUUUAUGCAGUUAGUUUUUUCUAAUUAUUUAUAUAGUAUUGUAUAAUAAUUCCCGUAGGUUGCGUUAGUGAUGAGGGAUUUCUGGUUCAUUUUAAUACUCAUAGAGACGACAGAGCUUGUGGAGUACGACUGUCACCGCGUGCAAGACUCGAAUAUUUCUUCCACUCAACAGUUAUGAGAUUUGAGCAAUAUUUCUACUACUAUAGCAGCAAAGUAAAAAGUAUGGUUCCAAUACUUCUGUGUACAGCACCAAGAGUCACUAAGGUCAUCUGCUUAUUUCUCAUGUACUUUUUCCUCCGUUCCAUGUCUUAGUUUUGUUUUUUGCUAAGCGUGGUAUGAAAUAGUUUUGUUUUUUGCUAAGCGUGGUAUGAAAUACACCAGCCAGAGGUAGGCCUACUUGGUAAAAAGGGUGUAAUUUUUUUUUCACCCAGUAGUAUCAGUAUCAAGGCAUGCCAUUUGAGACUUACAAAUGAAAUUGGAAAUCAAAAGAGAAGUAUGGACCCAGUUGAAAAAUAAAUCAAAUUUGUUGGUAUGUCUA